GGAUGCUUGACCUUGACCCAAGCCGAUAUCAACCAGCCUGUCAAAAUCUCUGGAAGCCUUUCGGGCCUUGCCGCCGGAAAGCACGGAAUCUCCGUCUGCGUCUCGGGAGACUUGUCUCAAGGUGCCUCGUCCUGUGGACCCAUUUUCAAUCCAUUUGGAAAGACACACGGAGCACCCACGGACGCACAGAGAAUGGUGGGUGACUUGGGAAACAUUGUUGUCGAUGAGAACGGGAAUUGUUCCGUUCAGAUUUCGGACCCAAAGGUUCAGCUUUUGGGUCCUCAUUCUGUUCUGGGACGUUCACUGGUGAUCUACGUCGGUGAGGACGACAAGGGCCGCGGUGGACACGAAAAUUCGUUGACGACGGGCAAUCCUGGUCCACGCAUUGCGGCGGGCGUGAUUGGCUUGUCGGUGUAA